AUUUGGAACUUUUUCUAAUCUUUACAAUUUAUAUUUCAGGUCAAGAAAAAAAAGUGUUACAAUACAAAUUUACUACCAUAUUAAUAUUGGUCAACCUGUAAAAUUCACAAUGAAUGCACCACUUUGAAGUAUACAAAUGGAAAUAUUCUUUAAUGGCAUAGUUUAAUUGUGGGUAAAAUGUUAAUUGAAUACAAAUUUAUAAGAGAGAUAGAUUGUAAACAAGGAGCUGUGAGAGCUGUAAGAUUUACCGGUAUUUGAUGGAGCUUACUGUUUAACCUGUGGAUCAGACAGAAAAUUAAAAUUAUGGAAUCCACACAGAGGUGUAGCUUUAAAAAUAUAUGGUGGUCAUGGUGAUGAAGUAAUGGAUGCUUGUGCAUCAUGUGACAGUAGUCAAAUUGUUUCUUGCGGUUUAGAUAAAUCAGUUAUUCUUUGGGAUGUAUCAACUGGAACACCGGUUCGUCGUUUAAGAGGUCAUGCAGGUCCAGUUAAUGCAGUAAGAUUUAAUGAGGAGUCUUCUUUAAUUGUUUCUGGAUCAAGGGAUAAUUCAGUUAUGUUAUGGGAUGUACGUUCUAGGGUACUAGAACCAGUACAGUGUUUAAACGAAGCCAAAGAUUCCAUCUCCAGUGUUAGAGUUUCAGACCAUGAAAUUUUGACAUCUUCGUUUGACGGUAAAAUACGUAGAUAUGAUAUUCGUAUAGGUGAAAUGAAUGCAGAUUAUAUGGGAGAUGCAGUGACAUGUGUCAGUUUUACAAGGGAUGGUCAAUGCAUAGUAGUCAGUUGUGCAGAUGCUGUAAUCAGAUUAAUGGAUAAAGACUCAGGAGAAUUGCUUGGAGAAUUCAUAGGUCAUGCAGCAAAUAACUUAUGCUUAGAGUCAAGUGUUGAUAACCAAGAUACUCGAAUUCUUUCUGGAUCAGCAGAUGGGAAAUUAUGGAUAUGGGAUUUAGUUUCUCAAAAAGUAGUUACAAAACUUUCAGGAUUUAAACCAACAAAACAUCCUGUAGUAUCGCUGAGUGUACAUCCACAAACAAACUGUUUUGUAGCUACUAAUGGAGCAAAUGUAUUGAUGUGGAGUACUGUAUCUUCAGUACAAGAAUAAUGCCUUUAUUAUAAUUUUUGUAUAUAGUAUUUAAUCAAUAAUAUUACAACAAAACCGUUUAAUUUUUUAUAAAUAUAGUUUAAACUCAUAAUGCCUAUAAUAAUUGUAAAAGUUCGUGUACAAAGUUUUAAUACAUAAAAAUAAACUUCAUAAGGAAAGAUUUUCUACAGAAUUUCAUCGAAAUUUUAUAGGUACAGGUGUGUUUAUUGAAGACAAUAUGGGUUAUGUUAAGCUGGGUCACGUUAAAGAAGCAGGUUACGGGUACGCAUAUAACGUAACCUUAUCAACAAUAUAAAAGUGGUGGGGAGAAGAAAUAGUGGAAAUGGCGACGAACCAGAGGGAGUAGCUGCGCGCGCAGGUGGCGCGAUACCGGUGCGUCAGAAUCAGUGGUCAUCAGUGUUCGCCCGGGAGAGGGAACGGAAAAGAGAGAAAGGUAGAAUAAUUUCGUACAGCAAAGAGAAAUAGAACAGCUGUGCGAGAGGAAGAAAGUACAACGAAUUCAUAUGAA